AUGGAGACUCUCCUCUUAUUUCUGAAAAGCUAUCUUGAGCUGUUAGUGAGCUUCAGCUCAACUUUUAUUGAUAAUGAGUUCAACCACGCUGUUCACUUAGUUGUUAUCAGCGGGUUGGUGAUAAUGUUCGUGUACUCGGGCUACCGGGUACUGAAGUUGUUUUUCACAAAAGUCCUAAGAAAGAAGAACAUGGCAAAGUGUCGGGGUAGAGCCAAGAGGAGGCGGAAAGGUGGCACACACAGAGGUUCAAGGAUGAAAGAGAAAGAAGCAGAGGAGGGAAGGAAACUUCUUUAUAUCCUGAAAAGCUCUCUGAGCCAAUGUGAAGAUGUUACCAGCGUUCGUCAUCUCCUGUGCCCAGAUGCUCGUUGCAUCGUGUGUAACAGAGCAGCAGCCAAGGUCAGCCGGCUGCUGUCUCUGGGGUCCCUGCUAGAUGAUACAUCCUCUAAGCAUUACAUGACUUCCUCAACUUCCCCAGUUAACACAACAUUCACUGCACAAUCUGCUUACUCAGAAACCCAUCCAAGAGCAAGAACAUCAGUCUCUCUGCCCGUGCCCUCUGCACCUCCCCCCUCUACUAUCUCACUUAGCCGUUUUUCCUCUUUACCUGACAAACUGAUUGCAGAACCACUGGCUGACUCAGUACCACCAGAGCCUAUCCUUCCCGUGGCUGGUGAAUUCCCAGUGGCCCCUUCCCCACCCCAAACCCCUUCUCUUUCCCCUCCUGCACCACAACGCAGUCAGAAAUCCGAUCAUGGACUCGACCAGCAGACCUCUCUACCUGUAGUAAAUGGCCCUGAUGAGUUGUCAACUGAUAACCCACCAAUCAGUGAUAUUGACCACUCAAUGCCAGAAUCCAGGGAGCAGGUUCCUGUGAAAACAUCUAUGGACUUGUUCCCUUCCAAUCUGGAACAAGAUAGUGUCAAGCAAGAACUUCUUGCUCGCCAAUCUCCUGACAGAGAAAGUGUAUCUUACUUUGUAGAGCCCACUCACCUCUCAUUUGUUAGCCUUAAUGAUAUCACCCACUUGGAGAAACAAAUAAAACAGAAGGGUGAGUGCCUGAUGCAGAAGGAAAGGCAAAGUAAAAUGAAACCUUUCCCAAAACAAGUUAUGUCAGCCCACCAACUGGAUACUUCAGAGAAAAUAACAGAAUCAGGUGCUGCUGGAUAUAGACCAGCAGUCAGCCCAGACUACCAACUGCGUAUGCUAGAGUCAGAUGCUGACAAGCAUGACUCGGCAAUGAGUGCAAAACACCAACUAGAUACUUCAGUGAAAGUCCUAGAGUCAGAUGCUGACAAGCAUGACUCGGCAAUGAGUGCAGAACACCAACUAGAUACUUCAGUGAAAGUCCUAGAGUCAGAUGCUGACAAGCAUGACUCGGCAAUGAGUGCAAAACACCAACUAGAUACUUCAGUGAAAGUCCUAGAGUCAGAUGCUGACAAGCAUGACUCGGCAAUGAGUGCAGAACACCAACUAGAUACUUCAGUGAAAGUGCUAGAGUCAGAUGCUGACAAGCAUGACCUAGCAAUCAUGUCAGACCAACGACUAGAUACUUCAGCGAAGAUAUUAGAGUUAGAGGCUGAGAAGCCCGAGUCCGCCUUCCAUCUGGACCCCCAGCUGCGUCCUCCAGAGCCCAUGUUAGCAUCAGGCACUGAGGAGCACAGUGGAGCAGUCUCCCUGUAUUCUGGAGACAGCAAACGCGAACCAGCCGAGCUGCAUAUGCAUCAGCAGCCUCCAUCUUCUAAAACUUUUGAGAACCAGUCACCAAAAAAAUGUAUCCAACAUUUCUGGGGUAUGCCAACUCUACACAGCGAGUCCUUGUACCCCGUUAUCCAGGAUGCAGAUAACUGUCUUUCCACCUGGAUCACCUUCAAUGGAAUUGCCAAAUGCCCCAUAUCUGAAGGAUUUGUAAUAUCUUACCGUCCCAAACCUCGAGUCUUGCCUGAGACCCAACCUCAACUUUUACCUCAAACUCUCUCUCCAUCUCAGUCUGAACACAAACCUCCACCUUCAAUUCCAAUGUUACCAACAUCUCCUUUAGCCCAGAUGAGGAUCUGUGGAGUGUGUUUCCAUAGACCCCAAAUUGAGACACAGUCUCUCUUGCCCUCUGAAAUUCAUCGGCUGGAAUACAAUGUCUUGCAGAAAGAACAAGAGAAUUUGUGGGGUUUACCCCCUUUAGUCCAAAAAUCUAGGGAGUACUUUUGCCUCCCACCUCCCAAUCCUCCCCCUUUGAGCCAGUUCUACAAUAUCCACAAGGCAACCUCUAUUCUUCCUGGAAAUUACCCUCUGAGCCCUGAGCUUCGGAAGAAAUUAGAACAUCACCUUCGAAAGAGACUGAUCCAACACCGCUGGGGCUUACCCCGCAGGGUCAAUGAGUCCCUGACACUGUUUCGUCCUGUGAGAGAAUCAGCAGCUUCUGAAAUUUCGGAUUCAGAGAGCAGUCACGGUCACCGACAGAAAUGGGUCUCUUUGCUUAAGGAUCAGAGUACCAAAGACUUAAAGAGUUCUGAAUUCAGCCAGACUUCAUUUUCUUCUGAGUCUGGCUCAGAAAAGCGUCACUCAGCUAGAGUUAGGAAGAAGAAACAGAGGCACAGCCCAAAGAGCGGCCCUAGUGAUUCUCUCUUGGAGGAGUCCUCCGAUAACACUCUGUGGUUUGACUCCGAGGAAGAUCCAGAGAGCCAUAGAGCGAAUCUCUCAGAGAAUAUUUCAAGGGCCUCAGGGGUCAGUGUUCAUCAGAAACAGUUAGAAAAUGCACUGAAAGAGCACUUGAGUAAGAAACUGGAGGAAAUCAGGGAGGGCCGGAUCCCUGAGACCGUGAAUAGCUCAUGGCAUGCCAUCAAACAGGCACUGUCUGUUCCUGAAACAUCUCAAAGUAGUGUGAAGCAGACAGAUGCAGCACCAGGUGUAGCCAGAAGCAUUAGCCUAAACACUUCCCAGGUGAUAUAUUUCCUGGGCUCUGAAAAACAAAAGCUACUAGAAGAUCAUAUGAAUAGUUUUUGUAAAAGGAGCAAGUGGGGCUUUCCCUUUAGGGUCUUGGAGUCCAUGCAGAUCAGCAGUGGGAGAGAGGACUCCUCCCAGUCCUUAGGUCAUACGCACUGCUCCAUCUCGGAAAACUUGAUUUCUGCAGUGAGUCCACUUGGAACCUCUAAGUCAUUUGGCAGUUCUCCACCUUUUCAUGGACACAAGUUGAAGCCAAUAAGGUCCGUCCCUAAUCUGGAUCAACGCCUUCCACCUGCCUCCCUUGUGGGGAAGGACGGACAAGGGGAACAGAGGAAACAAUCCCUUAAGAAAAAACCAGAACUUGUAGAUGUUCAGAUGAAAGGUGGCAGGCAGACUCAGACAGACGAAGAAACGAGGAGGAAGACAGAGCAAGAUAACAGACCCUACUCAAAGCUGGUGUCUGCCAUUCGUGAUGGAUCUGGACCUGAACCUAAGAAAAAGGUAGUGGAUUCCAGCGACAAAGAAGAAAGGCAUCAGCUCUCCAAAACAAAGCCUUUAGAAUGCUUCCCAGACCAUAACAAGUCCAGAGAGAUAUUUAAGGCGAACGAACUGUUUGCACUUCGAUCAAAAUCUACCUGUGCCUUGGCAACCAGCACAUCCUUAGGGGCAGAUGUGAAAAUAAAACAAGAAGAAACUACUUUGAUUACUAAAAUUCCCACACCAACAAUUGCAGUUUCCCCAAACCCUAAAGUGACAGAUUUUAAAACCCAAUUGAUGAAUGAAUUAAAGUUGAAAUUGGAGAGUAGAGAUCAUAGCCAAUUUCAAGGCCAAUCUGCUGACAUGGCAGUGGCCUCAGAUAAUUCGACUCCCAAAUCUUUGCUAACCGCUGCCCAGAGUGUCCCCAGCAGGGACGUGGCAGCUUCUCAGAUUAUGCAUGUCCACUUGGACAACACAAAAGUCAACGUGGAACAGAAUCAGGAGCCCUGGGUUCCUAAAUUUGUCUUACAGAACUGCUGGGAUAAUACCACUACACCCAGUUCAAAGAAACAAAGUUCUUUGCCAGCUCAAACAGGAGAACUUGGUGAAGGAGAUGCAGGACUGGGGACAUCCCAACAAGGUAAGAAGAGCUCUUCUGUGCAGGACAAAGCAUGCAAGGAAAUGCAUGGGAGCAGAACUUCCCCAAGCCUCUCAGGGCAGAAUCAGCCUCCUCCAGAAAGUGUCUUUCAGAAACAUAUGAAGAAUUUUUUGCAAUGGUUUUGUCCUGGAAGCAGACCCAAAGGGAAAGGAUUUUUCCUUGGAAACGGGUCCUCUUCAUUGGCAUCGGUGCAGGCAAAAGUUAAAAGAGCUUCCCCGACUAGCAGCCCAAAAACUCCGGCAGUGACAAUCAACAAUGGCAAGGCGUUCGAGGUUAAAGUGGGUCAUAGCCACGGAGUCAGGGUGGCCUGUUCCCAAGCACCACUUUCCUCCCUACCAAAGUCCGUGAAAACUCAAAAGGCACAACCUAGCAUCCAGGCAGAGCCUGUCCAGGCACGUGCUUGCAAGCACAAAGCUGCUUCCUCUACACUGAACAAUACAGGCUCCUUCAGCCAAAAAGCUCCCAAUGCUGGCCAAAAUUAUCCCUCAAAAAAUAUACUGAUCAAAGUCAGAGAGGGACAUCUCCAGGAAAUUGUGGCAUUUAAGGAUCAGCCACCUUUUCAGAGGCACCCCCUCACCAUGCACCACGUAGAGAGUGUGCCCCAUGCAAGCCACUCCUGUAGGCAUCACAUUAACCACAUGUCUGUGUUGGGAGAUCCAGAUCAACUCUGCAAACACAAAAUGUUCUGUCAGCACUUCCAGGCAGGGAGAUUCCCUCCUCCCAAAUAA